UCCUCUUUCCCUCCACUACUUCCUCCUCAUCUUCAUACAUUUUUCCAGUUUUUCUUUUUCCUUCUGUUUUUAUCUUCUUUUUGUUUUAGUAGAAAUGGGGUUUUUGAAUGUGGCCUGCUGUGUUGCUUCACUUUUUUCACUAAUUUUACUAACAGCUGAAGCUAGAAUCCCUGGUGUUUUUACUGCCGGAGCAUGGCAGAGUGCUCAUGCUACUUUCUAUGGCGGAAGCGACGCUUCUGGUACUAUGGGUGGAGCAUGUGGGUAUGGUAACCUAUACAGUCAGGGAUACGGAGUGAACAAUGGAGCACUUAGCACAGCGCUAUUCAACAAUGGACUGAGUUGUGGAGCGUGUUUUGAGAUCAAAUGUGACAACUACCCACAAUGGUGCCAUCCCGGAAGUCCUUCCAUCUUCAUUACAGCUACUAACUUCUGCCCUCCCAACUUUGCUCUCCCAAACGACAACGGGGGUUGGUGUAACCCUCCUCGCCCUCAUUUCGACCUCGCCAUGCCUAUGUUCCUCCACAUCGCCGAGUACCGCGCCGGAAUUGUCCCCGUCGUUUACCGCCGGGUGCCAUGCAGGAAGCAAGGUGGAAUAAGGUUUACAAUUAACGGUUUCCGUUACUUCAACUUGGUUUUGGUAACCAACGUCGCAGGUGCAGGGGAUAUCGUGAGUCUUAGUAUUAAAGGUUCAAAAACUAAUUGGAUAAGUAUGAGCAGGAACUGGGGGCAAAAUUGGCAAACAAAUUCAGUUUUGUUUGGUCAGUCACUUUCAUUUAGGGUUAGAGCUGGUGAUAGAAGGAGCUCCACUUCAUGGAAUAUAGCACCUGCACAUUGGCAAUUUGGUCAAACUUUUAUUGGGAAGAAUUUCAGAGUUUAAUUAGUG